AUGGAUCUUCUAUCAGUUCUGCCGGGCUUCGCAACAAAACCAUACGCACAUAUCCUGCCUCCCCUUGAACGAAGCAAAAUCACCACCGUCGACCUCAUCACCCUUGACACCCUCGAGAUCGCCAAACGCGCCCAUGUGCCCCCCGCAGACGUCCGGCGGCUCUCCGCGCGCAUCAUCGCGGCCCUGCACGCCGACCUCGGCAUUGAAAGUGCCCAGCCAAACAUAGACACCUCGAGCGCGGCCGAGUCGAGCUCCAGUAUCAAUCCCGAUGCCGUUGCCCUGCACCCCAGCCCCGCGACGAAACUCGCGUCGCGCUGGAACUCGAUCAGCACUUUGGACCCCGCGUUGGAUGCGCUGCUCGGGGGUGGGAUACCGGCGGGCUAUGUGACUGAAGUGACGGGCGAGAGGUAUGUGGACAAGCAUACUGAUGCAAUCUACGGACAUCUCUUUUUGUUAGCCAUCUACCUGGACUGCGACCUGACUCGAUUCAAUGGUUGCAGCGGGAGCGGCAAGACGCAAUUCCUCCUCAGCCUCCUCCUGGCCGUGCAGCUGGCCGAACCACAUGGCCUCCAACGACGUGCUAUCUACAUCUCAACCGAGCACCCGCUGGCGACCACCCGCCUGACACAGAUGCUCGAGUGCCACCCGUACCUCUCGCGACUAACGGGCGAGCAGGCGCCGUCGCUCCAGAACAUCCUGUCAAUAAACGCCAUGGACCUAGAAACACAGGACCAUAUCCUCAAUUACCAGCUGCCCGUAGCCAUCGCGCGCUACAAAAUCGGCCUGGUGGUCAUCGACUCCAUCACCUCCAACUACCGUGCUGAGCACACCUCCACCAACAUGCUGGCGCUCUCCGCGCGGUCCACCGAGCUCGCCAAACUCGGCCAGCUGCUGCGCAAUUUGGCCGCCACAGAAAACCUGGCCAUCGUGCUGGCCAACCAGGUCUCGGACCGCUUCGAUUCCUCCGACAACAGCAGCAGCAGCACCAUCGCUGACUCGCGCCCGCCGUUCCCGGCCGCACUGAGCCAAUCCACGGGCCGCGACUCCGGUGUAGCAUCUCCUAUGCCGCGGCCGCGAGCGGACGCCGAAUCGCACCAGUUGGCUGCUGCGGGCCUCGCCCCGUCCUCGUCGCCGGGUAUCCCAUCCUCGCCAUACCCUUUACCGGAAGACGACCAGUUCGACGGCUCGUACCUAGUCGGGAACCCCGCACGCACGGGCAUCCUGAGCCUGUUCUACCAGGAACGCUUCUUCACGGGCUGGGGCGAUGGCCCGUGCCCCGACUCGACAUCGCUGAAGACCCCGGCGCUGGGCUUCUUCUGGUCGACGCAGAUUGCCUGCCGCAUCGCCUUGAAAAAGGAGGAUAUUCGGCCUAUCCUGCCAGAUCUGGGCGAUGGCGCGUAUCCUGCGCCGACUCCGAAGACUGCCGAAGACUAUAUAAGCCGGAGUGUCGAAGACAAGAAGAAGCAUUUGCCGCCUGGGUCCUCGAAACCUUCCAAUCACCCAGAGUCCAGCACAACAGAUGCAGAAACAUACCCCACACCCGCUGCCCCAGAAUCCAUACAACUCCCCGUUCUUGCAGAGACAAUUGCUUCCUCACAGAAGCAUACCCCGUCUUCCACUACCCCCGAGCGCACUGUCAGACGAACCGCAAGACUCGUCUUUGCGCCCUGGGCUGCCGGCCGCAGCGAUGACCGACUGGAAUUUGAGAUCUGGAAGGGCGGCCUGCGCACUCUUCAGCCCGAGUAA